UCAGCGUCAUUUUAUUAUUUUUUCCAAACGUGUGAAAAAAAUUUUGAAUGGAUUGACGUUGAAAAGAACUCAAUUUGAGCAAUUUUCACGAACUCUUGGGGAUGUUAGCUUGGACAAUUUGAAUUUACUUAAUGAAAAAGCAAAUCAUUUGUUUUAUUGUAUAUUGCAAGCUAAUUGGCGUAGUACUUGUCAAAUACAAUCUUCCAUUUUUAUUCCGAUUUGACAGUUUUGCUUGGCCAACUUCGUAUUUUCCUAAUGCAAAUAGAGAAAACAUGGUUCAAAAUGUGUCCGAUAAAAUGAAGAUUUUGGAGAAUCUUUGCGAGCUCGGUGUCAAUAUGGGUCAAGCCAACUUUCCGAUGGUUCAAAAUGAUAUUGGGUAUAUUAAUGGACUUAUUGGUAUGCUCGUUUCGAAUACAAAUGCUAUUACAAGUAUAAUAGAGGGUAAUCAGAAUAAUUAG